AUGAAGCUGCCAGGGCAAGAGGAAUUUGAACAUUCCAGUGCUCAUGAAAAUGUUCUUGCUGAGGAACUGGACAGUGGCCUUGGCCCUGGUCCCAGCCUUGGUGGUCCCUCAGACACUGACAAUGGGGAAUCGGGGGUAUCCGAGGAUCCUCUGCUCUUCAUUCAACUAAACGAGCUGUUGGGCUGGCCCCAGGCGCUGGAGUGGAGGGAGACAGGCAGGUGGAUGCUGUUUGAAGAAAAGCUAGAAGUAGAUGCGGGCCGGUGGAGUGCCCCCCAUGUGCCCACCCUGGCACUACCCAGCCUCCAGAACCUUCGAAGUCUCUUGGCUGAGGGUAUUGUACUGCUGGACUGCCAAGCUCAGAGCCUCCUGGAGCUUGUGGAGCAGGUGAUCAGUGGGGAGUCACUGAGCCCGGAACUGAGAGGACAGCUCCAAGCCUUGCUGCUGCAGAGACCCCAGCAUCACAUUCAGACCGCAGGCAUCAGGCCCUGCAGAGGGCCCAAUGCUUUCAGAAAUGCUUCUUUUGAUGAGGACACACCCAUGAAGCUCCAGAACCCCUUGAAACAGAAGCUGCCUCCAGGAGCAGAGGCAGCGGCAGUGCUGGCAGGAGAGCUGGGCUUCCUGGCUCAGCCACUAGGGGCCUUCGUGAGACUGCGGACUCCAGUGGUGCUGGAACCUCUUACAGAGGUGAUCCUGCCUAGCAGGUUUUUCUGCCUCCUUUUGGGUCCUCCUACCCUGGGAAGGAGCUAUCAUGAGAUGGGUCGGGCAGCAGCUGUCCUCCUCAGUGACCCGCAAUUCCAGUGGUCAGUUCGUCGGGCAAACAGUCUUCAUGACCUUCUGGCAGCCCUGGAUGCCUUUCUACAGGAGGUGACAACUCUACCCCCAGGUCGGUGGGACCGGACAGCCCGGAUUCCCCCGCCCAAAUGCCUACCCUCUCAGCACAAAAGACUCCGCUCAGAACUGCAGGAAGUCACCGGCCUCUCCCGUGGGAGUGCAGCCCAGGCAGGGGACAGGCACCACCAUGGCCAGCAUGCACCCAGCCCGGAGUUACAAAGGACGGGCAGGCUGUUUGGGGGUCUUGUCCAGGACGUGCGCCGGAAGGCAUGCUGGUACCCCAGCGAUUUCUUGGACGCCCUACACCCCCAGUGUUUCUCAGCUGUGCUCUACAUUUACCUGGCCACAGUAACAAACGCCAUCACUUUUGGGGGUCUGCUGGGAGAUGCCACUGAAGGUGCCCAGGGAGUGCUGGAGAGUUUCCUGGGCACAGCGGUGGCUGGAGCUGCCUUCUGCCUGAUGGCAGGGCAGCCCCUCACCAUCCUUAGCAGCACGGGGCCAGUGCUGGUGUUUGAGCGCCUGCUCUUUUCUUUUAGCAGAGAUCACAGCCUGGACUACCUGCCCUUCCGCCUAUGGGUGGGCAUCUGGGUGGCCACGUUUUGCCUGGUGCUGGUGGCUACAGAGGCCAGCUUGCUGGUGCGCUACUUCACCCGAUUCACAGAGGAAGGAUUCUGUGCUCUCAUAAGCCUCAUCUUCAUUUAUGAUGCCGUGGGGAAAAUGCUGAACUUGAUCCGUGCCUAUCCAAUCCAAAGGCCAGGAUCUCCUGCCCAGGGUUGCUUCUGUCAAUUCCCAGGCCCAGGAGGAAAUGUGUCGGAGUGGACAAGUACAAAGCACAAAGACACAGAUGUCUUAAGUCACCUAGGCCUGGUCAAUGCAUCCUUGCUGUCUCCACCUGAGUGCAUCCGGCAAGGAGGCUACCCUCGUGGUCCCAGCUGUCACACGGUGCCAGACAUUGCCUUCUUCUCCCUUCUCCUCUUCUUUACGUCCUUCCUUUGUGCCAUGGCCCUCAAGCAUGUAAAGAAUAGCCGCCUCUUCCCCUCUGUGGUGCGCAAGGUGUUCAGCGACUUCUCCUCAGUCCUGGCCAUCCUGCUAGGCUGUGGCCUUGAUGCUUUUCUGGGCCUAGCCACACCAAAGCUCUUGGUGCCCACAGAAUUCAAGCCUACACUCCCUGGGCGUGGUUGGCUGGUGUCUCCUUUUGGAGCUAACCCCUGGUGGCUGAGUGUGGCAGCUGCCUUGCCUGCUCUGCUGCUGUCUAUCCUUAUCUUCAUGGACCAGCAAAUCACAGCCGUUAUCCUCAACCGUGCAGAAUACAGACUGCAGAAGGGAGCUGGCUUCCACCUGGACCUCUUCUGUGUAGCUGUUCUGAUGCUGCUCACAUCAGCACUUGGGCUGCCCUGGUACGUCUCAGCCACUGUCAUCUCUCUGGCCCAUAUGGAUAGUCUUCGGAGAGAGAGCAGAGCCUGUGUCCCUGGUGAAGCCCCUCACUUCCUGGGCAUCAGGGAGCAGAGGCUGACGGGUUUGGUGGUGUUCAUCCUUACAGGCAUCUCCAUCUUCCUGGCACCUGUGCUCAAGUUCAUCCCAAUGCCUGUGCUCUACGGCAUCUUCCUCUACAUGGGGGUAGCAGCACUCAGCAGCAUCCAGUUCAUGAAGAGAGUGCAGCUAUUGUUGAUGCCAACAAAACAUCAGCCAGACAUGCUGCUCUUGCGUCAUGUACCUCUGAGCAGAGUCCACCUGUUCACGGCCAUCCAGCUUGCCUGCCUGGGUCUGCUUUGGAUUAUCAAGUCUACUCCUGCAGCCAUUAUCUUCCCACUUAUGUUACUGGGCCUCGUGGGAGUCAGAAAAGCUCUGGAGUGGGUCUUUUCACCACUGGAACUCCUCUGGCUGGAUGAGCUCAUGCCAGAGGAGGAGAAGAACAUCCCUGAGAGUGGACUGGAGCCAGAGCACUUGUUCAGUAGAGACGGCAAUGAAGAUUCAGAAUUGAUGUAUCAGCCAAAGACUCCAGAAAUCAACAUUUCUGUGAAUUAGCUGGAGUCAGAGUGUGGAGACCCCAGGAAACGGACACAGGGACUGGAGAGAUGGCUCAGCAAUUAAGGGCUCUUGCAGUUCUUCCAGAGGACCUGAGUAUUAUGACCAGCUUCCAUAUGGCAACUUAUAACCAUUCUAACUCCAGAUCCUGGGAAUCCAGCGCCCUCUUCUAGCCUUCUUGAGCACCAGGCAUGCACAAAAUGCCCUUAAAUACAUACAGGCAAAAUACUCAUACACAUAAAAUAAAGUAAAUCUUGAAAAACAUUUUGUGGAUAAUUAAAAAAAAAAGAAUAAUGAGUCAGGUGUGGUAAUGUAUGCCUACAAUCCCAGCACUGGAGAUGCUGAAGAGGGAGGAUUACAAGUUUGGAGUAAGCCUAGGCCAUAGGGUAAGUUCAUGGCUAGCCUUGGCUACAUAACAAGACUGCCUCAAAAUACCAAAACCAAAGAAGAGCAACUAAUAACAAUGAAGGAGAUGGGGAUUAGCCCAACGGUAGAGCUCUUGCUUAGAGAACAUAUGAUCCCCAGACACUCCUGCCCUUUUCAAAGAGAGUAGCAAUGACGAAAACACCUUUAGGUUAAAAAUAAGAUAUUUUAAACUGGGUCAUAAGUACACAUCUGUAAUUCUGGAACUCAGAAGGCAGUGGCAGGAGAAUUCUGAGUUCAACUACAUAGUACAUUUAAGGCUAGCUUGGGCUGUAUAAGACCCUGUUUCAAACACAGCUCUCCCUUCA